UCUGUUUUCCCGUAGAUGCGUCUGUGACGAACGCAGCUAGCUAGCUUAGCUAGCUAACUAAAGUUGUGUAUGGUGCUGUAUAGCAGAAUGUAUCAUUUGACUAAUAGCUACUCAUCUUAGCUAAUCUUGUUUAUAAAACUCAGCCUUACGUUUGUGACGACGUAAAAAACUUUCAGUCGGAAUUCCCUGUGGCAUAGAUUGUGUCGAUUACGGUACUAUGUAUCGCCUCUUAGCUAGUAGCUAGCUAAUUAGUUGUUUUUCCAAAGUUCAUUGCUCCUAAGGUAAUUUUGAAUUCCCGUGUGUUGAAGUAUUUGUCAUUUAACGCUACAAGUUACAGCUUGCUACUUGGCACGAUGUGUGAAUUUUAACGGUAACUUGCUGGUUAUAUAACACUAGCUGGUACUCUAGAAGUACCUUUAGCUAGCUCUCUAGUGCAUAAUGCUAGUGGCAGUGUUGUGUGGAAUUCUGUGCUGCGUUUUUCUGGCUGUAGUAGUUUUGAUUUUACGUGUACUGUUGGUGCUACGGAGAGGUACAGAAUGCAAACCAGGGGAAAAGGGCUCAGUGUGCGUUCUUGUUGUGGCCGGAUCAGGUGGUCACACGACAGAGAUAAUUCGUUUGAUGGGGAGUUUAUCCCAAUCAUAUACCCCACGACAUUAUGUAAUGGCAGACACUGACAAGAUGAGUGAAGACAAGAUCCGCGCAUUUGAGGCAUCAAAACAGAAAGGCAACAUUCCACAAGAGUUUACUAUUCAUCGGAUCCCUCGCAGUAGAGAAGUUCGCCAGUCAUGGAGCUCCUCCGUGCACAGUACUCUGUACGCUCUGGUGUACUCAGUUCCUCUGGUGUUCAGACUCCGACCUGACGUGGUACUGUGUAACGGGCCUGGGACUUGCGUGCCUCUGUGCACUGCUGGACUGCUCUUGGGGACCCUAGGGCUGAAGAGGGUGCUGCUGGUCUAUGUGGAGAGUAUCUGCCGUGUGGAGAGCCUCUCUCUGUCUGGAAAAAUCCUUUACCACCUCGCCGACUACUUCUUUGUGCAGUGGCAGCCUCUGCAAACUAAAUAUCCCAAAUCUAUCUACAUUGGAAGAGUAGUAUGAGUAAAACCUGACUUGACAUAUAAUUUACUAUCAGAAUGGCACAUGUAAUUCAGUAGGUCAUGUGUCGUCUGUUACUUUGACAUUUAGAAAUAUGCAGAAUAGCACAGAUGCUAUUGGUGGAAUACAUUGCUUCAUGUUAUGAGUCAAAUAAAGAAGUGCUUUUUUUUUUUUUUGUAUGUUAUACAUCUUCGUUCCUUUGGGGUUACUUAAGGACCACAGUGGUCCUUAAGAGAAUAUAAGGUAAACAUGCUGAUGAUUAAAUGUCCCUGUCAAAUAACCUGGGUUUUCUGCUCUGUUUCACUUGAAAAGCAGAAGUCUUGUCCAGAAGAUUGGCUGCUGAAAGAGCAGUCAUUGUGAUGUCAGAAAAAAAAUGUACUGCAGAAGAAAGACUUCUCUGCACUGCAGACAUGCACAGAGUCACGGUGAACUGUAAACUUGUGGAAAACUGCUGUGGUUUUUACUGCUCUUGAGUUAAAGGUUUUACCUGAAUGAAAGGAGUGCAUCAGUCUAUUAAGGGCUAGGCUUAUGCUCAGACAUGAUAUAUCUUGUUACAUUUCUAAAGAAAUAUUUCGAUUUACACAGGUCAACAUACAAAUGAGCAUAUUUUUAAGAUCUGAGAAAUUGUUACUGAUAAAAUAUCAAAAACCAGGUUAGGACAUUUGUGGAUUUUUUUUAAAGAAUAUCAGAUAUAACUGGGCUGAUUUUAUGUAUUUUAUGUAUUGCCUUCAUCUAUGUAAAAAUUGAAGUGUUACUAAUGCUUAUUCUGUGGAAUGUGCAGGUGCCUUGUGACUAUGUCCCUAAAGCUUGUUCUGUGGGGUGUGCAGACACCUCGUAGUUGUGGUCCCAAAGUUGAUUCUGUGCAGAGUGCAUUCACAUUGUGGAGCAUUUCCUGUCCAUGCUACUGCUGUUGGACCCAUGCUGAGAGGAAGCAGCGUGAAUAAUUGAGAUGUUUUCCGGCAGUGUAAGAAGAGGGGGGGGGAAGGGGACAAGCAUGGAUUCUUUGCUGAAAUAUUUCCUUUUUCAGCACUCAUCGCUGGAUACUAGUGUUUUAAACAUAGUCUUGCUAUUUUUGAUCAGCAUAUUUGAUUGAUAGGGGAAUAAAGAACUUUAGACUGAUUGCACAUGACUGCUUAUGCCAUACUGACUGAGUAGGCUUCCCCCUCCCUGAAAAGUUCAGGUUACUGAUUUGUUAGGUUGUCUCUUCAUUUUGUCUAAGUCACUGUGUUUGCUCUAUACUACAGGCUAGUGACUGACAAGAAAGCAGACAGCUGGAAUGUUGCAUAGAGUUUCAGAAAUCAAGACAUGCAGCUUAUGACUUGGUAUAAGCAUAUGCCAUCGUAGAAAACAGUAGGGCUUUUUAAAGAUCCUCUACAUCUAGAAAAUGUAUUACAACUCUGCUAAAGUACCAGGAAGAAGUGUAUAUUGAGCAGGACUGCAGCAUGGAAAGGCAACUGCUGUUAUUGGCAGCUGGUUGCAGUGAUUAAGUCAACAGCAGUGGGCUGAGAUGUGCAGACGGUGUAGCAGAACUCCAACACUCAGGUUAAAGUGAUCCAGCACUGACUGGAAUGUUUACGGUAAGUGAGGGAUGAGCAUUAUACAUCUUCACCAUAAGUCACGUUACCUCCUGACAUGCUGGGUAUGUAAAUAACACUUGAAAGAUGACUGGAAAAUAAAGCAGACUUGCUGUGGCCCAGAUCUCA